AUGCUCGUAGUGCUCGUAUAUCUCGCGCUAUUCGUUGCGAACGGCGAUGAUGUCGUCAUCGGAGGUGACAACACCAAAGUUGGAUUAGCGACAUGCGUCGGGAUAUUCCUACUCAUCGGCAUGCUGCAGUUUCGCGAUGGUCCCUUCGUGCGACCGCAUCCAGCUUUCUGGCGUAUCGUCCUUUCCCUCAGCGUCGUCUACCAGAUCAUCCUCGUCUUUGUCGCCUUUCAGAACAAACACACGAUGCGCGCCCUUCUGAAAGAGUUCGAUCCGUCAUUGGGAGUGCCGUUGCCGGACAAAUCGUACGCGGAGGACUGCUCGUUGUCACCUGCGUCCAUGUGGGAUCAAUUAGACAUCUUUGUUCUUGCCCAUGCGCUGGGGUGGUAUUGCAAGGCCAUCGUGUUGCGGGACUACUGGUUCUGUUGGAUUCUUUCGGUCAUGUUUGAGUUUUUGGAGUACACUUUCGAGCAUCAGCUGCCCAACUUCGCCGAGUGCUGGUGGGAUCAUUGGAUUUUGGAUGUUUUGCUCGCAAACUGGAUCGGAAUCAUUUUGGGGAUGAAGACGUGCCAGUACUUUGCGAUGAAACAGUAUUCGUGGCGUGGGGUCAACGACAUCCCUACGUAUCGCGGGAAAGUCGCGAGAGCGAUGCAGCAGUUCACACCACAUAGCUGGACUGAAUUCAAUUGGGAGGGGACUACUACCUUCAAGAACUUCUUGGCUGUCAUCGGACUCCUCUACAUUAUUCUUCAAUCCGAAAUGAACGCCUUCUAUCUCAAGUACCUUCUCUGGCUGCCGCCAGCUCACCCAAUCAACGUCUGGCGCCUGAUCUACUACUUCUUCAUGGCCCUGCCCGCAACGCGCGAAGCCUUCCAAUUCAUGUCCGACCGCCGCUGCAAACGAUUAGGCAUGCAUGCGUGGAUGGCCAUCGCCAACAUCUUCACGGAACUGCUGAUCGUCGUCAAGUUCAGCCAGGGAGAGUUCCAUACCCCGAUGCCGAGGAGAGUCAAGGCGGCGUGGGCGGCAUUUGCGGCGUUGUUGGCUGUUUAUGCGAUCGUGAGGUUUGGUAUGGGUUCAAGUAGCGGGACUACGUCUCCGCGGGCCAAGAGCCCUCUGCGGACGAGCUUAAAAAAGCAGGAGAAGGUCGGGCAUUCGCCGAAGGGGAAGAACAAUAGAGAGGCAAAGCUACGACAGAAAUCGAGUUGA